AUCGCCUUCAUCAGAUUUGUUUGGUUUGUCUGUUUUUAUGUGUUUGAGCGAACUGAAUUUGGGGAUUUUUGCUUUGUGAUUUUGAACAAACCUUCAACUUUAUUUAUUUAUAGGACCUUUUUUCUGUUGUGUUGGUUGAAUUCAGUGUUUUUACCAACUGAGAUAGUUUGAAAUUCUUACAUUAUGAUCAUACAAUCAAUUGAUUGUAACUGAAAGAGUUUGAAUUGAACUCAAUGGAAGAGCAUCUGAAUAUUUAUGUAUUAUAUUAUCUUGUAGGUAAAUUGCUUUGUUGUGUUGAUGAAUGCAAUCUGAGUGACCACAAAAGUUCAAUUCUUCUCGAUCUACAGAAAAGUCGAGCAGCGGUAUGGAUGAUUUGCCGACUUUCAAUGCUGAGAAUAUGCAAAACAACAUGAAAGUUAUUCUGUACAGCCGCACAUUCAUGGCAAUCAUUGGUGGUGUCAUUGCCGGCAUUCUGGGACUUAAUAGCUUGACAGGAUUUAUCUUUUAUUUUCUUGUCAUGGCAAUGACUUCAGUAGCACUCACUGCGAAGGCCAAGUUUUCAAUCCACUCCUACUUUGACAGUUGGAACAGAAUCUUGCUUGAUGGAUUUUUUGGCGGGCUUAUGUCAUUUGUGCUCUUCUGGACAUUUGUGUAUGACAUUGUGCAUAUAUUCUGAGGGUCUUGUGUGAGAUGAAGACCUUCACUAUCCUUGAUGCUGGAAGCUAGCUCACGUGCACAUCAAGAAGAUGCUAGACAUUUUCAAGUUCAAAGUAGAGGAUAUUCAAAGUUUGCACUCACGGUUUUCCUUUCUUUUAAGCUUUGCUUGAAAUUAUUACCGCGGAACAAAUCAGUGUUUCAAAUUUUAGAGUUGGGAGUAGUUGAACAUUUUGAUCUUGAGUAUAGUUUUUGUUAGGUUACUUAUAUUUUGAGUUGAAAAGCUUGAGUGAUUGUAUAAGGCUAUAAGCAGUUAGACAUUUGAAAUCACUGUUGAAUGAUAUACACAAGCUGGUAAUCACCGCCUAAUCUAAUUAUUCAGGUUCAAA